GGGAGGACGAUGGCCGGCGCUCGCCCUGCCCAGGCCGGCAUCCCUGUGGUCCUUGAGCUGUUGCUUCUGUGCGUGCUGGGUCUCCAGAUCACUGAGGCCGGGCUGCCUCCCCCACCCCCUGAGCUGCCGGCGGGAACUGCCUGCCUGAACCUCUUCACUCCGGGGGUUCCUGCCUUCGUGCUGGACACGGAAGCCUCGGUCAGCAACGGGGCCACCUUUCUGGGUUCCCCCACCGUGCGCCGGGGCUGGGAUUGCGUGCGCUCCUGUUGCACCACCCAGAAUUGCAACCUGGCGCUGGUGGAACUGCAGCCCGACGGCGGCGAGGACGCCAUCACCGCCUGCUUCCUCAUGAAUUGCCUCUACGAGCACAACUUUGUGUGCAAGUUCGCGCGCAGAGAGGGCUUCAUCAACUACCUCACAAGAGAGGUUUACCACUCGUACCACGAGCUUCGGACCCAGGGCUUUGGAGGGUCCCGGAUCCCAAGGGCCUGGGUGGGCAUAGACUUGAAGGUGCAGCCCCAGGAACCCCUGGUGCUAAAGGAUGUGGAAAACAUAGAUUGGCAUCUACUGCAGGGUGGCACAGACGUAAGGAUAGAGAGGAACAAUCCGGACCAGGUGGAGCUGUGGGGACUCAAGGAAGGCACCUACCUGUUCCAGUUGACAGUGACUGGCUCAGAACAACCAGAGAAUAAGGCCAACGUCACAGUCACUGUGCUAUCUGCCAAGCAGACAGAAGAUUAUUGCCUUGCAUCUAACAAGGUGGGCCGCUGCCGGGGUUCCUUCCCCCGCUGGUACUAUGACCCCACAGAACAAAUCUGCAAGAGAUUCACUUAUGGAGGUUGCUUAGGCAACAAGAACAACUACCUUCGGGAAGAAGAGUGUAUGCUAGCCUGCCGGGAUGUGCAAGGCCCCUCAAUGGAAAGGCACCAUCCAGUAUGUUCUGGCAGCUGCCACUCCACCCAAUUUCGAUGCAGUAAUGGCUGCUGCAUCGACAGCUUCCUGGAGUGUGAUGACACCCCGGACUGCCCUGACGGCUCUGAUGAGGCCACCUGUGAAAAAUACACCAGUGGCUUUGAUGAGCUCCAGAGUAUCCAUUUCCUCAGUGACAAAGGGCACUGUGUGGACCUGCCAGACACAGGACUCUGCCAGGAGAGCAUCCCACGCUGGUACUACAACCCUUUCAGUGAACGCUGUGCCCGCUUCACUUAUGGUGGUUGUUAUGGCAACAAGAACAACUUUGAGGAAGAGCAGCAGUGUCUCGAGUCCUGUCACGGCAUCUCCAAGAAAGAUGUGUUUGGUCUGCGACGGGAAAGCUCCAUCUCCAGUGUAGGCUCUGUGGAAGUGGCUGUUGCUGUACUCCUGGUCAUCUGCAUCAUCAUGGUGAUAGCCAUCCUGGGUUAUUGGUGCUUCAAGAACCAGAGACAGGACUUGCGCAGACAUCACCACCUGAAUCACCCACCACCCACCCCUGCUAGCUCCACUGUCUCCACCACUGAAGACACAGAGCACCUGGUCUAUAAUCAUACCACCCGACCCCUCUGAGCCUGGGGCUCUUGCCAUCUCUCACCAGGCCCUGCUUCCUGCUUACCAAGACAGAGGCCUGGACUGGGGAAAACUUUGGGAUCAGACUCCUGCCUGUUUUCCAGGCACAUUCUGCCUCAGAAGCCAGGGCUUUAGCUGUCUUGGAAGCCUCUGGGCUCAGGCUAGUUGUUUCUGAGAAAACACAAGGGUCUGAGAGAAGCAAAAAAAUCCUUGAACCAGGAGUAUUGUGCAUAGAAGGACCUGCCCUGCCUAGGGGUUCAGAGGAAGUUGGAGUUUUAGGUCCUGGUUGAAGCUGCCUGCCCCCACCCCAU